CGGGCGGCGGAGCGCGCCCGGCGGCGGGAGCGGCGCUGGCCAUGGGACGGGACGGGGCGCUGCCCCAGCGGGGACCUGUGUCACCAGUGUGAGAGAGGAAUCUCCCAAGUACACUGUGGAUUUUUUCUCUGCACAUGCUACUGGAUUAUCUAUCUUUUACUGACCCACCCAAAAAGAGAGAAAAAGGGUCAAUCAGAAAUUGUUGACUUGUCACUUCUGUCAUAAAACUGACUGGAUUUUAUGGCCUCUGCUGGAGAAGCUACCUGGACCAUUGGAAAUGGAGCAGCUUGUGCUGCAUCUCUUCUGGGCAUGGAAUAUGAGCAUCGAGGUGCCUUAAGUUAAACCAUAUGCAAGUUGCACUAGUUGUUGUAACUGUACUGCUGAAACUACUCCAGGCUUCGCCGGGGCUUUCCAAGGCAGUAGCUCUUCACACAGUUUGGAUGUUUCCAAUAGACAUUUGAAUGUUUUCAUCCAGUCUGGUGUGGCUGUGAAAAGUGAGCUUUUCCCUGUGAAGUUCAUGGUGAGUUUUGCAGCCUCACUUCCCGGCGUGGUCUGUGCUAUGGCAGCGACCUACAGGCUGAUGGUGACUUCAGUGAACUGCUACAGCAGCGUGGUGGUAGAGCAGCACUCCCAGCACACCGUGCACUACUGCACAGGCUCCUGCCAGCUCCUCAGGCAGGGACUCGCCUGCAUAGUUGCUCACCACAGUGUCUGUGCAGAGCUCAGUGUCCAAGAUGCCAACCUGGACCAUAAAAUUCCUGUUCCUGAAAAUGGUCUUGCCUUGGCUGGAAAUGAGGACUAUCACCAAAUCCUCCCAAAUAAUCCAAGAAUCAAGAAGGGCUUUUCAGUGCAAACCUCCAGCAGUUUAAAAGACAUUACUGGUGAGGCAAUAAACCUUGCCAGUGGUAAAAUAAAGGAAUUCUCCUUUGAAAAGCUCAAAAACUCUUCCAGUCAUGUGGCCUACAGAAAGGGAAGAAAAGUUCGGUCAGAAUCUUUCAGCAGACGAUCCUUUGAUUUUGACUUGAUUUGUGGGCACUUUAACAAUGAUGAGAACUGCCCUCCAUGUGGCUUUUUUCAGAGUCCCUCACCUGUGGAGAAAUGGCAGGAGAGCAGUGAUGCUCGAGAAGUCACCAUGAAUUCUGUGGUUCCCUUCUGCCCUCCUUCCUUCCCUGAAGAAAACCUCAUUACCCAGAUUUUAGAAAAACACAAGCUACAUGGUUCUUCUGGUGGGGAUAUUAAGGUGUGCCUGGACAUCCUGCUCAAGUGCUCAGAGGAUCUGAAAAAGUGCACGGACAUAAUCAAACACUGCAUCAAGAAGAAGUCUGCAGAUGUCGGUGGAGGGAACAGCAAUGUUCCCCUGGCUAAUUCAGAGAUGAUGUACAUGAAUCUGAUGACAAGAUUUUCUUCCUACCUGAAAAAGUUGCCCUUUGAGCUGAAGACAGCGGGGCAGAGGGAAGCGAGUGACUGGGCCGAGCUGAUGAACUGUUUCCAUGGCUUGCAGCAAACUCCCUUUCCCCUGGUAUUUGGUGAUGAGCAGCCACCCAGGUAUGAAGAUAUUAUUCAGUUGCCAUCCUCAAGUGCAGUUCCUCUUGUUCUACCAGGUCAGGGUGAGGUGACAAGCACCUCCCAGUCCAUCCAGACAGGUACUGUGAGCUUCACCUCCAGCUCCCUGCCUGCUGUCCCUGCAGAGAGCAGCGUGAGAGCGGUGAAAGAUGCUCUACCUCAGUCACCAGCCCCGAGCCCCUGCGACUGCACAUCUGCCACUGAGGCGCUGUACAUCGAGGAGGAGUCUGAUGGGGACAGAACAGCAGAGACAGAGAAGAAGGCAGAGCAAAAGGGGGGCUGGCAGAGCCUGGAGCGCAGCUACCAGCGAGCUGCUGGUUCAGACCUUGCUGCUGAUGCUAAAGCAGAGCAGGCCAGGGCAGAAGAUGGUCCCGAGCAAACUGCUCCUUUAAAACCAGUGUCAGACCCUGUGUUGUGUGGUGCCCAAGCUGCUGUCCCCAAAGGGGCCCAGACAUGCAGUAGGGUGGACAAGGAGGAGAUAGACAAACUGCUGCUGGACUUGGAGAGCUUCUCACAGAAAAUGCAGAGUACUCUGAGGGAACCCUCUCGGAAGGAGAACGAACCUGCCUCGCUGCAGGUGUCUGGCAGGCAGGGUAGGCAGGCUCCACCUCUGGUUCUUGAACCCAAAAGUAAACCUGCUGAUCCCCCCUCUUCUUUGUCAAAAAUCAUGGAACCCAAUGGUCAUAAAAUGGAAGAGGAUGACAGAGCCCUUUUACUGCGUAUCCUGGGAAGCAUUGAGGACUUUGCCCAGGAGCUGGUGGAAUUCCAGACAGGCAAGGGAAGUUUGUCCAAGGAGAGGGAAGUGAUGCAAAUUCUCCAGGAAACUUUAGCAACUCCUUCACAGUCCCUGCUUGCAGGGCAAAAAAGCCAUGCUGGGGCUGCCUCCAGAGACUCUGUUCCAGCUUCAAUUCAGCAGGUCCCAGAAAUAAUAAAGGUUCAAAGCAAACAAGAGAAGAAGGCAGGAACUUCAUCCCCAGCCCCCCUGCAGCCUGUGGUUAGCACUUGCACUCCUCUGCCUGUGAAUAAAGCCACCAGCAGUACCCCUGUGCCCAUAAACAUUCCACGUUUCUACUUCCCUAAAGGACUCCCAAAUGUCUGCACUAACCAUGAAGAAAUCAUUGCCAGGAUUGAAGAGGCCUUUACAGAGUUUGAAGAUGGGAAAGCAAACAUCUGUGAAAUGGGGAAAAUUGCUAAGAUCUGUGGCUGCCCACUCUACUGGAAAGCACCUCUGUUCACUGCAUCUGGGGGAGAGAGGACAGGACGUGUCUCUGUGCACUCCUUUGUGUCCAUGUGGAGAAAAAUCCUGCGGAGCUGCCACGACGAUGCCGCCAGGUUCACUUCCCUUCUGGCAAAGCCUGGCUGUGACUGCCUGCGACAGGAGGACUUCAUCCCGCUGCUGCAGGAUGUGGUAGAAACUCAUCCUGGCCUCACGUUCCUGAAGGACGCUCCGGAGUUCCACUCCCGGUAUAUUACAACGGUUAUCCAGAGGAUAUUCUACACAGUCAAUCGAUCCUGGUCGGGGAAGAUCACGCUAACAGAGCUGAGGAAAAGCAACUUCCUGCAAACUCUUGCUCUCUUGGAAGAAGAGGAUGACAUAAAUCAGAUUACAGAUUACUUCUCCUAUGAGCACUUUUAUGUCAUAUACUGCAAAUUCUGGGAGCUGGAUACUGACCAUGACCUUUACAUCAGCCAGAAGGACCUGGCUAGGUACAGUGAUCAAGCUUUGUCAAACAGGAUCAUUGAGCGGAUAUUCAGCGGUGCUGUGGUGAGAGGCACUGAAGUUCAAAAGGAAGGGCGCAUGAGUUACGCAGAUUUUGUGUGGCUCCUGAUUUCAGAGGAAGACAAAAGGAGUGCUACAAGCAUCGAGUACUGGUUCCGCUGCAUGGACCUGGAUGGGGACGGGGUGCUGUCCAUGUACGAGCUGGAAUACUUCUAUGAGGAGCAGUGUGAGCGCAUGGAGGUGAUGGGCAUAGAGCCUCUGCCCUUCCAGGACCUGUUGUGCCAGAUGCUGGACCUCGUUAAGCCAGAGAGGGAAGGAAGAGUAACCUUGCGAGACCUGAAGAGGUGCAGAAUGGCUCAUGUGUUCUUCAACACCUUCUUCAAUUUAGAGAAAUAUCUGGACAAUGAACAGAGGGAUCCCUUUGCUGUGCAAAAGGACAUGGACAGCGACAGCCCCGAGCCCUCAGACUGGGACAGGUAUGCGGCUGAGGAGUACGAGAUCCUGGUGGCCGAGGAGUCUGGCAAUGAGCAGCUCCAGGAGGGAUCAUGUGAAGAUGACUAUGACACAGAUGAAGUCUUACCUCCCCCUGAAACUGGAGACAAGUCAGACAAGCUAAUUAUCUCAGAUCUCUGAGCAUAGAGAAGUGGAAGACAGCCCAUGUCUUUCAAACUGGAUAGCAUUCAGUCCCAAGGCACUUGGGGGUUUUCCUUAAAUCUGUCAUUGGAACAAUGUGCUUAAUUUUGUACACUGAAACUUGAGACCCCUUUUUGUCUUCCUGUGUAAUUGCAAUAAGGUAAUUUCUAUGAAAAGGCUUUUUACAAUGUGUUAUUGUGCACACUCACUGAAAAUGGUGAUUGCACCUUGUUUCAUUUAUAUAUAAAUUCUGUAAUGUCCCCAGAUGUGCAAUAAAUGCCAGCAUCUAAUGAUUGUAACAGCUGCAUGCAACAUCUAUAGUGGUCAUUUCUCAGUUCUGUGCUGUGCCACUCUGUCCCCUUGGCUUUACACCAGGAGUGACAAAGGAGCUGCCAAAUUAACUUCAACAUCUGUCUAGAAAUCUUCUAAAAUACAGGUCACAGGGAAGUUCUUUUUUUCCUUCCUGUCCUGGAAACAAAGGGAACGUGCCUGUGCAUGGGGAGAUGAAGUCCCUUUGCCCCCAGCUCUUCACUGGCUGCUGGACUGUUUCACUGCUGUGGAUCUGUGAGCAGUUUCAGAACUACACCACAUCAUGUUCUCUAGGAAUUUGAGAUAGAGUUACCUGUUCUAGUCCUGUGUCCCCUCCUGUGCUGAUCUGCCUCUGGACAGAGCUUUGUCUGUGUAGAUUUCUACUUUGCAGAAGUGUUUUGCAGAGUAUUUACAGCAAAUACAGAUCUCUGCUGUUCAGAUACUGUGUUGAGACUGCUGUGCCUGGUGUGCACCAGUUCCGUCCAUUCCUGUGUUCUCCUCUCCUGUAGCCUUCUUUAACCUCUUUAACCAAGAGACUAAGCUGAGAUAAUGAAGAAAAAAACCAACCCCCUCUUUUAACUAGUAAAGGAAUUAGUCUGUAUUAUUGCCAAAUUACUUUUUCUCCCAGGCUCAGGGAGGAAAUGCUGUAACUAAUGAAUUCUUGCUUUAAAUGCAAAAUUAAAUGGACUUUCCCCCUAGAAUCAAGUGUGAUAUCUUUGCUCUCAUCACACACUGCUGCUGCAGCUGUCCCUUCUGGCCAGCAGGGACUGUGGUUCAGCACAGGGGUGAUUAGAACAAAUUCUUAAUUUUAGCCCUCAUAUAUGUACAAGUAGGUCUGGGCCUUACCUUCUCAGCUGGGACAGAUCUGAGCCCUCCCAGCUGUUCCCAGUCUGUGAUGCUGUGUGUGCCCUGUACCUCCUGCUGCCUCCCUGUGAGAGCCUCAAGCUGUGCCUGCUGCCAGAAUUCCUGGGAGAUGCCUGUUCCUGCUCCCAGCAGGCCCCUGCUGCCCUCCCUGGAGGCAGAGCACACCCGGGCACUGCAGAACUCGUGUGUCCCCAUGGACAGGACAGGACUGGAUCCCUGCAGUGCCUCCAGGGGUCAGGAUCCAAAUGAGGACCGGGCUGAUCCCUCCAGUGCAGUCUGGGCUUUUCCAGGAGCCUCUGAAGCCCAGGCCUGCCUGCUGCUGCCCAGGGGAAUGUGCUGCUGCUUCCCUGGGGUCAGAACUCUCCCAAAUCAAACUCAAGAAGAGAGAAAGGUUUCAGGUUGAACUGACCAGAUGUCAGGUUGAACUGACCAGACGUAUACACAUCUCCCAGGAUCCUGGACUUAGUAUUUGGGAAACUUCUGGAUGCCCACAUUGUUAGCAAAGGCCCUGCCAGUGGCCUGCAUCCCAUAGUAGCAGAUGAAGCAGGGAGCACCCUGACCAAACCAAGACAAACCCCUGGAAUGCAGCAAGCACACAGCACAUCUGGAUCCCAUCUCCAUCACUGCCAUAACCUUGAAGGAAAACCUUCCCUGGGGGUGAUUCCAUAAAUGCCCAAAUGCAGAACCACCAAGGAACUGACUGCAGGAAUGGACACAGGAUGGAGGUCCCACAGCUGCUGCUUGUAACCAGCUCCAGCCAUGUUUUCCUGAGAAGAACCUGGGCACAGCAGGAGUUCACCCUCCACUCACUGCCACAGUCCAGAGGGGCCUUUCAGUUUGAUGUCCCUUUACAUCACUCCGAAGACUAAGAUUCCUCAAAAGGAGCAAGAACCUGACCCCCUUCUAGGCUGAAAUGGAACCCUCAUGGUGCUCCAGCAGCAGCAGUACUGCAGUGGCUUGUUUGCCAGUUCUGGAAAGCCUCAGUCACCCACCACUUCAGGGUCCUUCUUAUCUGCCUUUUGCAGAGGGCCUUUAAUUCAACUCAUCCCUGAAUUCAGGCUCCCACCUCACACCCCACCAGCCUGAACUGGUGCCUUUCUUUGCAGAAGUCAGAACCCAGAGUCUGGUAAAACUCACCAGCUGCCUUCCCAAGGUUUGGUUAAAUAAAUGGAGACAGGAAGCUGAUAGCUGCUCUGCUGAGCCCAAACCCAGCCCCUCUCUCCUUCAAGCAGACAUCCAGUACUGAUACAACAACAGAGAGUGAGUCCAAACCCAAUCCACUAAUCCAUGCUUUCUGGCAGGUCAACACAAGCUAAUCUAACCCUCCCCCCCCUCCACCCCCCCAGUUUACAGCAAAUAUUUUGCAUACAAGCUGCAGAAGCCACUGCUACUGUGGUGGCAGUGCAAAAUCUGCAGUAAUAUUCCAGGAAUGGAAAUCCAUUCUCAGUCCUAAAGUACUUGAAAAUAACUACAAUUCAGCAGGCACAUGUGCAUUAAUAGAGGAGGUGUUCUACACCCCACUCGUGACUUAGCCCUACCCACAGCUGCUCUGGCUGGAAGGUUUGUAACUCUGCAGGAUUUAAGUGAGGUAAAUUUGGGAACUUUUGGCCUACUUCUUUCUUUUUCCUGAGAUAGUCAAGGGUGCUUGUGUCCAGCCAGCAGAGCUGCUCAGCUGCAAUGGAGCAGCCCCAGAAUCCCUGCCCAAAAGGUUUGCAGGAGUCCCUUGGCUCUGGGCUCUGCCUCCUGACUCCAUGUCAAUGCCAGUUCAGAUGUUGCAUCCUGGGAAGGACAAAUCCUGCAAUUUUUAAGUGCACAUCUAGCUCACACUGAAGGCUUUUUCCUUACAAGUAGUCAGAAAAGUGAGUAAAAUUCAGUUUUGCAUGAUAAAAAUAUGAUUGUACUUAUUUGUUCUCUCUAGUCUGCUUUUGUCUAGCAAAUUGAAGCCCUGUGUUCUUACAAACCCCUUGCUUUUUACUGUUGUAUCACAAAUAUUUUCUCUCUGCAGUACUAAGAUGGGAGGUAUGGCUCAGUAUUGCUGCUGGAAUGGUACUAGUUGGAUUUUCUCUCAGUAGUACUUGCUGCAUCCCAGUUUUUGGCAGUGAACCCUGGGCACUGCUCCAGCUCCCCUCCUGCCUCCGAGAGGCAAGUGCUGCAGAACAGACAUGGGCAGCAGAAGAGGGACUGCAAAGCUUUCCUGCUCUCCUGAACCAAGGAUUUAACGAAGCUGACUCAAGACACUCUCACCAAGGUACUGGGCUUAGUUUCUAAAAGCAAAAUAGUCCUGAAAGACCAACCCUAAGUUCACUGAAAUAUCAUUGUAACAGUAUGGAUUUGGAGUCUCUAGAUCAGUAUCUUAGGUCUAUGCAAACAAAACUGAACCUCAGGGAUGAGCACAAGCUACUGUAAGAAAAACAUAAACAGAGCUUCCCCUUGUGUGCUCAUCUUCUCACUGUAUCACUGGGUGAGGGGGUUAGAAACUGAAUAUUUAAUAAUAAUAACAAAGGUUCUCAUACUUUGUAAAAGUAGUUUUGGAGACAUUUUGUGGUGGCAUGGUUUGCUCUUUGUAUUUUUACUUUAUAUUCUUUUUUGGCAAAUAAAGGACUUUUGAAUUUAAAAAGGAAAA